GCCCAUAUAAUAUACACUGCCGCCUGAAAGCGCCAACAGCCAAUCUGCGGUCAUAACAAAUCGCUAACACACCUAGUUUUUCUUCGAUUUUGGUAGCAUAGUAAAAAAAUGAUAAAUAUUAUAUCCAACUAUCCAACACCGCGGUUGGUGGCCAACGGCAGUUAUCACUUUGAAAUAUAAAAUUAUUAUCAUAAUUCGUUAUUCGUUCAUGAAAAUUGAAAUAAGAAAUGCUUACGAAGAAUGAUGCCCAUCGCUGGUUGCUGGCUUUACUUUUAAACUUACAUCAAAUAUAAUUUUUUUUUUACUUCAUGUUUAUAUUUGUUUACAACUUAUUUAAUUUUUGUUUUGCAUUAUCAAUUGAUUCCGAUAAAAAAUGGUUUUGUUUAACGCCAAUUCAAAUUCCGACGACACUAACGGUACUGUCAAAUCGUUAAAGAGAGUAGAAAAAGAUAAAGAAAAUAAUAAUACUAUGCAGGAGGAACAGGUUGUAUUGACAGAAGAUGACGACUACUAUGAACAUCUCACAACCGACCAGUUAAGCGUUAAAAUUAAAAUGUUCCGAAAUUUGUGUUUAGAAAAUAAAAUAAAUGCUUCCAAUGCAUUUGACAUCGAUUUGAUUGGACAUUUUGCAUUCUGGCUGGGAAAAAAAAAACACAUAGAUAAUGAAGAUAUUGGUUCUUUCCAAGAAAUGGCUGACAAUUUAGAAGCAAGCGCUAAAAUUUAUGGGUUACGAGUGGACAAUUUUACAGAAAAUACAUCGCGACUUGUUGAACAAGUUAGAGCAAUAAACUAUAAAAAAGAAAUGGCAAAAGUAAAUGAUGGAAAUGAACCCAUUAAAGUUCAUAAACCCAAGAGAACAAAGAUGAUGUUAACUUCAUCUGAAAAAUUAAAACGGAAAUACACUGAGGUAGAACAAAUGACUGGACUGAAUAUGAAACAAAAUUCUAUUAUUGAAUACAAUGAAGUAUUUGAAAUGGGCAAACCUUCAAAUUAUAUAGAACUGUUAUUUUCAAAAAUGCCAUUAAAAAAAGAAAUUGACAAUUUGGUGUCAACAAACACACCUAAUGCAAAAACAAAUUAUCCAAUGCCUAAUAUUCAAGAAAAAAUUUCCAAAAGAUAUAUUUGUCCUGACUAUAACGAAUUUUUGGCUGAGAAAGAUAAAUGUAAUAUGGAAGAAAUAAUUCCAGAUCUAGAUGGUAUCGAAAAUCAAUUUGACCCAACUAACCAUUUGUGUCAAAAUAUAGUAAAUGAUUCGCCAGUGCUCGAUUUUAUUCAAGACGUUGAUAGUUUUGAUGCUUUAGAGCCAAUUUCUACCAAUGAUAGUGAACCAGACAUAAAUGCACUAGUUGAUUGUAUCGAUGAUGUUCAAAGAGAUUAUAGCUUUUUUAACCCUCAACUUCUGGCAAAAUGGAAGGGUCCAAAAUCAUGGAAAGCGCAAGCUAUGGUGAAAGCACUAAAAUCAUGCAAACCACAUGAGCGUAAAGACAUUUUAUGUUCACCAACGAAUGACGAUGAUUUAGACGAUCCAAGCCAAGAGUUUAAACUCCCAAAAACACCCAAACGACGUAACAAAGUAGUAAACGAAAGUAUCAAGUUGAACUGGAUGAAAAUUGAUGAAAUAAAAGAGAUAUUAGAAAAAAAUGUACUUAGUAAAGAAAAAGUAUUACCUCGUAUAUUACAAAAAUGGGAUGCAUUAGAUAAUAUAGGCGAUAAUAAACACACUGUUGUUGAUAUCAUAUAUAAAUUUACGUUCUUAGAGUAUGCUGAGAUUCGGCCUGACUGGUGGCAACAAGAGAAAAGUAAAAAACGAACAGAUAAGAAUACCACAAUAACUGAGUCAUCAUUUACACAUGAAAACGAAUUGAAUUUUGAUAAUGUUGUGGACCAAUAUGAUGAUGUUAAUGACAAUCCUGAAAUAUCACAAAAUGAAGACGUGGCUAUAGCUGAAAACUGUUGUGAUAAUGAUAUUUCCGACCAGUCAUUCAUGGAAAAUAAACAGUGUUUAAAAGAUGCUUUUAAACCUGAGGUACGCUUGGACAUUGGCACCCUUAAAAAGCAAAUGAUGGACAUAAUUGAUAAAGAGUGUACUGUAUUAAAGUCCUCAAGUAAUUGGAGUAGUGUACUAGCUUUCAAAGACUUAUUAUUAAAAUUGAAUUUUUACCAAAGAGAAGAACUCACUGUACCUCUUGUGUUUGUUGCUCUUUUACAUUUAACUAAUGAACAUUCCUUGUCGCUUACACAAACAAUGACACUAAAUGUCAAUGAAAUUGGUGAUGUUGAAAUUGCCAAACCUAUAAAAUAAUAUUUUAUUCAAUGUUUUAAGUUCUUUAACAUGUCCCCUGUCUCUUAAUUUAUUAUUAUUUGUAUUUACGUGAAUAGUGUGCCUAUUUUAUUUUAUUUGUUUAUACCAUUCUCAAGAGAUAGAUUUCCUAUUUUUAUAUACUUACAAUUAUAAAAGAACACCGAAUUGUUCAAAUGAAUUUUGUACAAAGCCAUA